UCAAUAGAACAGACGUGACCUGCACGCGCCUGCACCAGUAGUAGUAGUUUGAGGAGAGUUGACCAAGUAUCAGGUUGUAGGAAGAUAGUUUGUGAACAAUCAUGGUUGUAACGUGCAUCGCAAAGGGUUGUCAUAACAAGCCGAAUGUAUAUAGUGACGUCAUGUUUCACAGAAUUCCAACUUACCCCAAACGGCGGAAAGCUUGGUUAGCUGCUUUAAACAUGGAUACAACGAAACCGCUGAGGAUUCUGAAGAAGUGGCGUGUUUGCUCCGACCAUUUCACACCGGAGGACUAUACCGACACCGGAUUUCGCCUAAAGGAUACGGCCACACCGACAAUACUUCAAUCGCGAACACAUCAAAUUGGAUCAUCACCGAAAACUGAAACAAACUACAUUGAAGUUACUGUGAUGGAUACGAGUGCAACAUCGGUGUUUGAUGUCAGCAUGACCUCAGAGCCUGCUGUCAAUCCCACAAACACCAGCUUUAUGCCAUAUUCCAAUCCCUCCACCACCACCGGAAGUUCCUCAAGCCUGUCUGGACAACCCGGAGGAUGGAAGGAGAGGAAGUGGAUUGUAAAUGAGUCCAAACUCAUGGAACUCUUUCUGAAAUGUACAACCUGUGGUGCUGCGAUGUGUGACCUGAACAAGACAAUUACACAGUUCGGCAGUGGAAUCAAUAUAAGUUGGCAAUGUAGCAAUGGCCAUAUAGGACAAUGGGAAUCAUGUCCCAAUAUAUGUGGAAUGGCGGAAAAUAAUCUUCUCACAGCAGCUGCCACCCUCUUUACUGGAUCAACAUACACAGACAUAACUGAUUGGGCUGGACUUUUAAACCUGCAGUUGCCCCAGCAGGCAACUUUCCAAGACAUACAAGCAAGCUAUCUGUUCCCAGUGAUUGAGGAAUUAUAUACGCAACAGGAGAACAUAAUCAAAGCAAAAUUAAUUUGGGAAGGAGUGCAGCUACGUGGAGAUGGCAGCUCCGGACACUCCAGCAAAUACAACACGUAUUCUUUCAUGAACGAAUCCAAUAAACAGAUCGUGGCGUUUGAGCUGAUGCAGGUUUCCCAGGCCUCCAGUUCUGUCGCAGUGGAACCUUUGGCCUUCAAGAAAGGCCUGGAGAAGAUCCUGGAUGAGGGCAUUGAUGUAAAAGUGGUCACCACAGACCUGCAUCCAUCCAUAAGAAAAAUUAUGAGAGAAGAAUAUCCACAAAUCAUUCAUCAAUUUGAUCCGUUGCAUGUCACCAAAGAAUUUAAAAAAAAAAUGGUUGCAGCAUCCAACAGAAAGGAGUACAAGGAUCUUGCUCCUUGGGUCAGGAGUGUCAGCAACCACAUGUGGUGGAGCUGUUGCACCUCCAAAGGAGAUCCAAAGGAGCUGCUCAGACGAUGGAUGUCUCUCCAACACCACAUCACUGGGGUCCAUCGCUGGGAAGAAAAUGGAACUGAAUACAGAUGUUUCCAUAAGGACUUGUCAGCAGAGGAACAAAGAACGAAGAGGUGGCUAAAAGUCAAUUCCCCUGCCUUCAAAGCUCUUCAAGCAAUGAUUAUGGACAAACAUCUCCUAAAAGACCUACAACAGAUGACACUGUUCAAACACACCGGACAAAUUGAGGUGUUCCACGAUGCCCUUUUGAAGUACUGUCCAAAGCGACUACAUUUUCAAUACCCUUCAAUGAAGGCACGCACUAUGCUAGCCAUUAUGGAUCACAAUGAGAAUCACUCCACAAAGCGGGAACAGGCAACAACAGCAGCUGGCCUAAAAAGACACAAUGUUGUCUUUCAAAGACAGUCGAAGCAGUGGAUUGAACCAGUCUAUGUAGAGACGACUCAAAAAUUCAGAGAUGACCUCAUGGACAGAGUAAUCCAAAAAAGACUUGACCCCACAAUCAGAUUCAAAGACGCAUCAUCCCCUAUCAAAGUGCCUCGCCUAGCUGCCAACAUUGCAUUGCUACCAAAGCUCAUCAAAGAGGAGGUCAUACAAUAACACACCUCAAGAUUCAAAGGUCCAUCGGAGCCAUCUAGUUUACAGCUGACAUGAAAAGUAACCUGUGCCAUUGAAAAACCACAGGAGGGUACUUGUACUUGCAUAGUAAGUGUAGAAGGUACAUGUCAGUUAUUGUAAUAUUAUGAAGUUUUUAUAUUGUGAACUUUAUUAUCUAUUUUCCCUCCAUGUGACUUCACUUAUCUUUGAAAAAAUCUGAAAAAACACCUUUUGCCUGGAAAACACGUGACAUGGGAAUUCAUAUUGGAAUAAUUUGUUUUGAAAAAAAAGAUGUCAGUUAUUGCAGUAAUAUGAAUGCAAUCUUUUUAUUUAUAUAUUGUGAAAUAAAUUACGUAUUUUCCCCACUUUGUGACUUCACUUAUGUUUGAAUAAAUUUGACAAAACACCCGUUGCAUGGACAACA